UCCCGGCGAGACCGGGCACAGAUUCCCCCUUCCUCCCCAGCAGCAGCUGCUCAGCCCACACCCGCCCCCGCCACGGCUGAUGGCCCCGGUGACGGCGAGAAACCCACGGGGGGCAAGAGCAAAGCAGAGCUGCGAGCAGAGCGCCGGGCUAAGCAGGAGGCUGAGCGGGCCCAGAAGCAGGCCAGGAAGGCAGAGCUGAGCCAGGCAGCCACGGCGGGCAAGCCCCGGCAGAGCCCGACUGAGCCCCAAAGCAUGGUGAAGCGGCUGCCAGAGCAUGUGCAGGUGGAUGACCCCGCUGCACAGAGGAAAUUGGCCAAGAAGCUGGAACGGCAGCAGGUACCUCUGAGGCAGGACUAUGGCACCAAGGUCAACCUGUUCUCCCACCUCCACCAGUACAGCCGGAAGAAGCCGCUGACACAGCAGAUGAGCAUCCCCUCCACGGUGAUCCACCCAGCAGUGGUGCGCCUCGGCCUCCAGUACUCCCAGGGCAUCAUCAACGGCUCCAACGCCCGCUGCAUCGCGCUGCUCGAGGUCUUCAAACAGCUGAUCCGGGAUUACUCCACUCCCCCCAACGAGGAGCUGUCGCGGGACUUGGUGGCCAAGCUGAAGCCACACAUCAGUUUCUUGAAUCAGUGUCGGCCACUCUCAGCCAGCAUGGGCAAUGCCAUCAAGUUCCUCAAGAAGGAGAUAUCAUGCCUGCCUGACACCCUGAGAGAGGAUGAGGCAAAGGAGAAGCUCCAGGACAUGAUUGACAAAUACCUGCGAGAGAAGAUUGUCCUGGCAGCUGAGGCCAUCUCAAGGUCUGCCUUUGAGAAGAUCAAUGACCAUGACGUGAUUCUGGUGUAUGGAUGCUCCUCGCUGGUGAACCGGACGCUGUGCGACGCCCACGCCAAGAAGGGCCGCGCGUUCCGCGUGAUCGUGGUGGACAGCCGGCCGCGCCUGGAGGGCCGGGAGACGCUGCGCCGCCUGGUACGCAAGGGCAUCCACUGCACCUACGUGAUGAUCAACGCCAUCUCCUACGUGUUGCCUGAGGUGUCCAAAGUGCUGCUGGGAGCCCACGCGCUCCUGGCCAAUGGCUCUGUCAUGUCCCGGGUGGGGACCUCGCAGAUCGCACUGGUCUCCAAGGCCUACAACGUGCCUGUCCUGGUCUGCUGCGAGACCUACAAGUUCUGCGAGCGGGUGCAGACAGAUUCUUUUGUCUCCAACGAGCUGGAUGACCCUGAUGACCUGAUUGUGCUCCGGAAGGGCCAGGCCCAGCUUGAGGGCUGGGCAGAGAACAAGUCCCUACGCCUUCUUAACCUGGUCUACGAUGUGACACCCCCAGACCUGGUGGAUUUGGUCAUCACAGACUUGGGCAUGAUCCCCUGCACCUCAGUGCCUGUGGUCCUGCGUGUUAAGAAUGUGGAUCAGUAGUCGGAGCAGCUGUAUGGACACUAAUAAACCAGGCCCCCGGUAC